UUUUUACUGAUUUAAACUGCUUUCAAGCCUUUAAAUUGUUGUAAAUUUCGGUAUUCAAUUACCUUACAAAUCAUCGUAGCCCUUAUUUUCCAACAACUUGAAUUUUUGCAACUCGUCACUCUGUUGCAAAAAUUCUCUAUUUUUAAACUAAUUUUACCAUUUUUCAAUGAUUAUUAUCAAAUUUUAAUAACACAUAUCAUAUUUUAAAGAAGUAGGAUAAUUUCGAUUGUUUUAAAGAACAUAAUGAAUCAUUUAUAUUCAGUUGCUCUGGAAGGAACCGAAGAAGAAGGAUAUACGCCAGUGUAUCGUAAUCCGGAUUAUAAAGACAGAUUACUAUCCUGUGAAGACUAUUUCGAUGGUAAAAUACAAACGGGAUGGGACAUUUUUAACAGAGGACUAACUUUGAGCCGUAAUAAACCCUUCCUAGGAAGUCGAGUGAAGAACGCUGAUGGUACUUUUGGAGAGUUUAAGUUCAUGACUUAUGGGGAGGUGGAGGACCAGAUUAAGCACUUUGGUAGCGGGCUUUUGAACUUGGACAAGUUCAAGGAAGUGUUCGUUAAGGAGGAGAACCAAAUGGUUAAAAUGCUUGGAAUUUACUCACAAAACACCGUUGAAUGGCUCAUAACAGAACAAGUCUGCAACGGCUACAACCUGACCCUGGUGCCACUUUAUGAUACCCUGGGAGAAGAAUCACUCUUAUACAUUAUUAACGUUACAAAAUUGAAUGUAAUUGUGUGUGAUUACAAGUGUUCUUUGAAGUUGCUUGACUUGUUACCAAAGAGUAAUGGUAGCGUGUCACUAGUAGUUGUAACAGGCGUUGAUGAACUUCCGGAUCAAGUCACUGCUAAAUCACAGUCAUUAAGUUCAGUCACCUUUAAAACGUAUCAAGAAGUGGUAAACUUCGGUAAAGAAGAUCCACUAGCGUUCACACCCUGUACAAAGGACAGUAUCGGAACAAUCAGCUACACCUCAGGAGUAUCAGGCAUACCCAAAGGAGUUAUCGUAAAACAUUUCCAACAUGCAUCUUUAGUCGUCAUCGUUAACAGAAUUGUGUGUGAUCUUGAGAAGACUCAAUUGGAGAAUCCGAAGGUCCAUCUGAGUUAUUUACCGCUGUCGCACAUGUUCGAGCGACUUUACAUAGGCACGAGCAUCAUCGAAGGGAGCGUCAUUGGUCUGUUUUCCGGAGAUGUAAAGAACAUUCUGGAAGACAUUAAGGCGCUUAGGCCCAACGUGUUCCCCUCAGUGCCGAGACUAUACAUGAGAAUUCACGACAAGAUAUUCUCGACAGUGUCUCAGAAGUCGUUUUUGAUAAGGUCACUUUUCGGCUUGGGGCUUAGUCGUAAGCUGAAAAAAAUCAGAAAAACAGGAGUUGUAACACAUAGAUUCUGGGAUAAAAUACUCUUCAACAAAUUCAACACACUACUAGGAGGAAGGGUUAAUUGGAUGUUGACUGGCUCGGCACCACUGUCCCCAAAGAUAUUUGAUAACAUUCGAGCGUUGUUCUCCAUUCCACUCGUUUCAGGUUAUGGGUUAACUGAAACCUGUGCAGGAGCAUUUCAUACUGAAAGAUAUGAGCCUGAUUCCACACACGUUGGAGGGCCAGUGCCCUGCAUGGAAUUCAGACUCAAAUCAUUACCAGACUAUAAUUAUUACACAACUGACAAGAAUCCAAAGGGUGAAUUGUUGUUGAGAGGAAAUAACAUUGUGACUUCAUACUUUAGUGAUGAUGUUACAAAUAAGGAAUCAUUCGACGAGAACAAAUGGUUCUUAACUGGAGAUAUUGCGGAACUGUUACCCAACGGAGCUAUUAGAAUCAUUGAUCGUAGAAAGAAUAUCUUCAAGCUUUCACAAGGAGAAUAUAUAUCACCUGAAAAGAUAGAAUCGAUUCUCAACACCGCCCCAAUCCUAUGCCAGUCAUACGUCACAGGAAAAUCACAUUUCUUAAAUCCUGUGGCUGUGGUUGUUCCUGACGAAUUGGAACUGGAGUUAUGGUCUAAACGAUACGGAUUAGCAAAUUUGGAUAGGAAAGAACAAUGCGAAGUCAAGCAAUUAAAAGAGUUCAUAGCAAAAGAAAUUGAAAAGGUAUUUGAGAAUAGUGAUGUGAAGGGAUUUGAGAAGAUUAAGAACUUUUACGUUGAACACGAGUUGUUCUCAAUUGAAAAUAAUUUACUAACCACUACAAGUAAACUGAAGAGAUACAACCUAUCAAAAAAAUAUGCCGAACAAAUCGACCGACUGAAUGAUGAAUCUUAAUCUUUUUGUAAAUUA